AUGAAGCGGCCGUGUGAGGACAGCAGCUCGGCGGAGAGUGAUGUGGAGGAAACCAUAGAUGUGGGCAGCGAGAACAUUUAUCCAGGGUACAUGAAGGCAUCUUUUAUCAGAUGUGGAUCACCGACAACAACCACUCAAGUCAUGGCGAGGAAAAAACGCAGAGGGAUAAUCGAGAAGAGACGCAGAGACAGAAUCAACAACAGUCUGCUGGAGUUACGGAGGCUCGUCCCCACAGCGUUUGAGAAGCAGGGUUCAGCUAAACUGGAGAAAGCAGAGAUUCUCCAGAUGACUGUGGACCAUCUGAAGAUGCUGCAGGCCACCGGAGGGAAAGGUUAUUUUGACGCCCAAGCUCUGGCCCUGGACUUCCUGUCUCUGGGUUUCCGGGAGUGUGUGACGGAGGUUUCCCGCUACCUGAGCUCCAUGGAGGGCCUGGACUCCAACGACCCGCUGCGCUCCCGCCUCCUCUCCCACCUCACCUCCUGCGCUUCGCAACGCGACGCCGCCACCUUCACCGUGGCUUCCUAUUCACCUCAUCACCCCCACCCUCACCACCACCACCACCAGCAGCAGCAUCACUCUUUGCCCCACCCCUUCCACCCCCACCACUGGGCAGCUGCGGCCGCUGCGGUUGCCACGGCGGCAGCGUUUCGGCCUCUACCGGCCGCCGCGGGGCCGUACGGACUGAGCGGGCUUUCUGUUUCUCCAGAUGCUGGAGGUGGAGUGACCCAGAGGCUGGCCUCCUCCUUUUCCUCCCGCUCAGACUCCACCUCCUCCUCUUCUCCCUCCUCCUCCUCUUCCUCGUCUCUCGUGCUGCCCUGCACCCCCACUCCUCUCUCCGCCUCCCUCCUCUCCCUCUCAGCGUCAUUUCCCAUCGCCCUGCACGGAGGUUUCCCCAUCCUCCCUCCAUCCUCUUUCACCUCCACCGCCACUGCCAGUUCUCCCAUCUCCUCCUCUUCCUCCUCCUCCUCCUCCUCCUCCUCCCAGACUCCUCACAGCAGCAGCAGUAAACCCUACAGACCGUGGGGAAUGGAGGUCGGAGCUUUCUGACUGUUUUACCAGCUGUUUCGGCUGCUGACUAACCAUUUAACAACCUGAAGAACACUUUUAUCACCAGAGAAACAAGUUACUUACAAACCAAGUUUUCCCAACACUUGACGCAAGCAACUACUUCUAUUAACUUGUUAAACUUUGAGAUGUUUUUUGUCUGUUUUCCACCUGCUGAUUUUACAAAGUGACUGAAAAGAGAAAUGUAUGGUUUAAUUUGUUGUCUUUGCUUUUCCAAUUCAGAUUUACCAAACUGCUUUAACAUGU